UUUGAUGAAUUUUGGAUUAGCAGAAUAUAUUCCAAAAGAUUGCCCACUUUGUGGAAUUCCUGUACAGCUGGCUGACAGAUUAACUGUUGAUAGAGAGACAAUCCACAAAGCAUGCUUUAAAUGUUGUUUCUGCGCUUGUAAUCUCGAACAGGGAGCUGCAGCAAUGGAACGAUCCUUUUACGAACGUUAUGGGCCUCGUUGGUAUUGUAGAGGAACCGCAGGGAAAUGCUCACUCCUUCCAAAUUCUAAAAAGGAAGAAAAACUGAAAGAGAAAGGGUUGGCUGAACGGAAAAUUAAAAAAUAA